GCCCAGUCGUGUGCGUGUGGGUGCUAGAGUGGGUGUUCUGGGGGUGUGCUGCCUUCUCCGCUAGAGUGGGUGUUCUGGGGGUGUGCUGCCUUCUCCGGUACCCAGAGUGCAAGCGAAGCAGAGGUUGAAGAAAGGUGAAGCGCAUUCAGGGAAAAUUCCUCUUUGCAAGUCCGUCGACCCAGUGAUGCGAACAAGAACACUUGACAGAGCGAGUUCGGCGAUAUAGGCAGCGUGUUGAUAUUGCAUGGGUCGUCUCGGUGCUUGUUCCUUCGCACAUGAUAAACAGCCUUCAGAAGAAUCGGUAAUCACGGGCAUGUUAAUUGGGCCAGUCGUGAAAAUGUUCUAAGAAUGUACACAAGUGCUUCAGAGUUGUCAAAUCAAGGGUUGGAAAUCGCAGAGGAGCAGUCAGUGUGUGUCAGUGCGGAGGACCUGUUUCGACCUUGCCCACACAGCGCGAUCGCCGUCUGUGGUAGCUAGCCGUCACCGACGCCGCCACCACCGUUGUCACGACCAGCGCCCCUUGCGUCCCUGGAGAGAGUCUUCAGCAUGGCGACGGCGCAAGACACAGUUGCAGCCGCGACGGCCGAGUUGGAGCCCUUGGCGACCUCCUCCCAGACGGGGUCAAAGGAAGGAGAAGGCGCCGAUGGAGGAGGCACGUCAGGAGUGAAGCUGAAGAAGGAGCUAGGUUUGACGGAGGGCAUUGCCAUCAUCGUGGGGAUCAUCGUGGGUUCGGGCAUCUUCGUGUCUCCCAAGGGCGUGCUCGAGUAUAGCGGCAGCAUUGGCGUGGCGCUUAUCGUGUGGGGGGUGUCGGGCCUACUCUCCACCGUGGGUGCCCUGUGCUACGCCGAACUAGGUACUAUGAUCCCUAGGAGCGGCGGGGACUACGCUUACAUCCACGAGGCUUUCGGUCCCCUCAUGGCCUUUCUGUACCUGUGGGUGGCGCUGGUGAUCAUCAUGCCCACGGGGAACACGGUCAUCGCCCUUACCUUCGCCAAUUACAUUCUGCAGCCGCUUUUCUCCGAUUGCGACGCCCCGCCCGAUAUUCCCGUGCGACUUCUGGCGGCCGUUGUUAUAUGCUUCCUCACGUGGGUCAACUGCUCGAACGUGAAGUGGGCGACCAAGGUGCAGGACAUUUUCACGGCCGCCAAGCUGCUGGCGCUGGUGAUCAUCGUGGCCGCCGGCGUGUACCACCUCGCGACGGGCAACCUGGAAAACUACCAGCAGCCCUUCGUAGGAACCAACUGGGAGCCCGCAGCCUUCGCCACCGCCUUCUACCAGGGGCUCUUCUCCUUCGCAGGAUGGAACUACCUCAACUUUGUCGUAGAAGAGCUGAAAGACCCAUACAAAAAUCUCCCCCGAGCUAUCAUGAUCUCCAUGCCUACUGUCACAAUUAUUUACUUCCUCGCCAAUGUGGCGUACUUCUCUGUCCUGACCCGGACUGAAGUUCUCUCGUCAAAUGCAGUGGCUGUGUCCUUUGGCAACCGUAUGUUGGGCGUGAUGAACUGGACGAUGCCCUUCUUUGUGGCGUGUUCCACCUUUGGUAGUCUAAAUGGAGGGAUCUUUGCCUCGUCUCGCCUCUUUUUUGUUGGUGCUCGAGAGGGCCAUCUACCUCAGGUUCUCUCCCUUAUCAACAUCAAUAAUUUCACACCUGUACCUUCACUCGUCUUCCUGGGCUUCAUGACUGUAUUCAUGUUAAUCACAUCAGAUAUGCAUAUACUGAUCAAUUACAUCUCAUUCAGCGAGUCCCUGUUUAUAUUAAUGUCCAUAGCAGCCCUCCUUUGGCUGCGGUAUAAGGAGCCGAAUCGUCACCGACCCAUUAAGGUUUGGUUGGGAUUCCCCAUCUUGUUCUUCGUCAUCUGCCUUUUCCUUGUGGUCUUACCUAUCAUUCAGCGACCCAUCGAGUUAGGCGUUGCUAUUGGUGUCAUUAUAAUUGGCAUUCCAGUCUACUAUUUUGCCAUAUACCGAGAAGACAAACCAAAAUGGUUUAUCAGAUUUACAGAGAAAGUGACAUUUACAACCCAAAUACUGUGUGCUGGUGUACCCGAGGAAAAGGACAAGUAAAAGUGAAUCAACACUUCCCUGUCGUGAAUUAAUUUAGCUUCCAGUCCUCCACAUUUCUUGAUAAUUACUGCCUCUUCUUUCACUGUGCCUUGCCCAUCCAUAAAAGUUUAGGGUUUUCUUAAUUAUGCUUAUGUGAAAAGAGCAGAAAUUUAUUUUCAGAAAUGUAAAGUUCUGACACCUUGUUAUUCUAAAGAUACAGUUGUAUUUGUUUUACAUUUGGAGAAUACUGAUGCACAAAUUUUGUUUUUGUUUCAUAUUUAAAGGAGGUAUCUGAUCUGUUAAAAAUCUGUUUAUUUACAUAAAAAGUAUAAUACACAAAGGCACAAACAAGCCAAAGUAUUGUGAUAAAAGCCAAAAGGUUAUUAAGAGAGAGAGAGAGAGAGAGAGAGAGAGAAAAAAAAAAAUAUUAAGAAUGAAUGUAGAUGACAGAAGUGCUACACUUUUUUUUUCUCUUUUUCAAGAAUUCCUCAAAGAAGUUUAACUCAGUUACCUAGUCAUUAUGAAGUUUGUGGAGAUUGUCUUAGGCCUAUAGCAAACCCAUUAUUUCAUGAAUUAGGCAUGGAUUUUUGAAGAACUUGGAAGUUUUCAAGAACAAGAUUAUUUCUCAUUUAUCUCGCCAAUUGUAUUGUUUGGCAUUGCCAUCCAUUAUUAUGCUUACAGUAAUUGUAAAUGUAUGUAUGUUGACUAUUUUUUUCUUUUUGUUUUCCAUUCUAAAUCAUUCAUGUUAAUCCAUUUUUCUGUGUGGGUUCAUGCAUUCAGUCCUUUUAUGAUAUGGUUAUCGGUAUCACUUGCGGUAUCAGUGUCAUUCAGAAGACUUAAGUUAUUGUGUUCGUAAUUUAUGUAUUCAGUAUUUCAACAUUUAUAAUUUGCACAAUAUACCACUACCUGUACUUUGGAAAUCAAGAACACUUCUGGUUUCAGUAUGGUGGAAAGCUGCUUCCUUACAUUUGUCACAUUUGUGAGAUGCUGGUGUGGCAAGUGAAAUAUUUUUGUUGCCUGGUUUUAUUUGUUAAGUUGCAUUCAUUUAUUUGCUGUAUUUUUUCCUUAAAAUUUUACAGAUUGAUUUUGUUGUUGUUGAAUUAUGAGCGCUGUGUUGUUUUCUUUGAAUUUCAGUAUUGUUUGUUUCAGUAAAGUGACUGUCAUUAUUCCAAAUAUUUAACAGGUGAUUUUAACAGAAUAAUGCUCUGUUAUUCCACUCACUGUGUAUCGUUGAAAUAGCAAGUUAAUUAA